AGUCAGGGCGCGUGUUUCUGUGUUCCUGGACAUGGAGCGAACCUCGAUAAAAGUUCUCGCGGCUUCCAAAGGUGAUGCUGUGUCAAGAAAUCUCGCCCUCCUCACGAGCCAUCAAGAGCACCGCGUGCAAGCCAUCAGAAUGCUUGAAGCCAUGGCGGAGACCACUGAGGGGCGGUCCAGCAUCAUCGCAUCUGGUGGUGCCAAGAUGCUGGUCGCCCUGCUAGUUCGACCCAGCGACCAGGUUAUGCCCUAUGAAAAGAUCAAGGUGGCGAACACCUUCGCAAAGCUCGCUGCCUCUCCACCGUGCCGCGCAGUGAUCAUCAAUGCUGCAGCCAUUCCGCAGUUUGUCAGGCUGCUGGCAGGACUCCCAGAGGCACAGAGCGCCGCAGUUGCCGCUCUUCUGGCCUUGUCUCCUCAGAAGGGGUCCCGCCAGUUGAUGGUGGAAGCUGGAGUGUUGGAUGCGAUUGCCCGCUCCUUUAUGCAGCCUGACAAUGUAGAAGAGAAGACGAGGUUCUGCCAGUUGCUGGUGUCAAUGUUGGACGGAGAAUCGCUUCAGGAACGCAUGCCACGAGUGCUCGCAGUUGCAGCGUCGACAGAUACACUGUCUGGCCUCGUGUUUCUUCUAUCACCUGAAGGGAUCCUUCAGGCUGCUUCAGCCGUCAUCUUGAUGUGCUGCACUCAGGAGCUCCGGGAGACGCUGAUCAAGGCUGGGGCUCUGGCAGCGCUGCGCAAGUUGAUUGCGCAUGCAGAUGGAAAGGUGGUAGAACAGGCCCUCGAGGCUGUUGCAGCACUUAUAACGCUCGACCGGGACGACGAGUCUGAUGUGGCACGCGGCACCUUGGACCUCGAAGAUGUGCUAUGCGGCGAUAUGUCAGCUGUUGUUCGUCUUCUGCAAGGCCCCACAGAGGAGAUCCGUGGGGCAGCAAGCCACGUGGUGUUUCGACUUGCAGCAAGGGAUGAGUUGGAGGCUCACGUGCGUGCUGCGGAGCCGCUGCCGCUUCUGGUGGCCUUGGUGCGGGAUGGCAAGGCCAAAACCAGAGCCUGGGCCAUCAGCGCUUUGAGGCUACUCAGCACCACUUCGGAAGCGCGAGAAACGGUCACGCAAGCUGUUCCUAUGGAAGAUGAAGAAAGAGAGACACUACUUGCAAAAAUUCGCACGCUGUGCUUCUAAGGCAUAAUCCAGUUGAGUGGCACGUUGAGCUAACCCUCUGAAGGAGGGGCACUCUGCACACAAAGUGUGAGAGGCCUGCUGCUCGUGGCCACGCCUUAUGUACAGCCUGCAAUUUUGUCAUGCCUACUCAGAAGUGAUGUGUGUUUAUGCAGCGGAAA